GCGACUAAAACGCAUUAGAAUCAUAACAUAAAAGACUAAAUUAGUCCAGAAUACGAAAUACCAUUUUAUUAAAAUUCACAAUAAAAAUGAGGUGGAAUAUAUCAAAAUUCAUAAGUCGGAAAGAGACGGACAAAAUAAUGGCAAAAUUAGAAGAAAAAAAAACGACGAAAUGACAAAAAGUCCACAAAACACCAUGUAAAAAACGUAAGACCGAACAACACUUAUCCCACCAAAAUCCGGGGGGAGGGGGUGAUAUUAUGAUAUAUCACGGACCUGUAUAAGAAGGCUAUGAAAAAAGACGAAUUACAAGCUCGUCAGAAAUAGGAUUGCGCUUUAGAUUUGCCGAUGUUUUUUUUUCUUUGACCAAUUUAAUAACAACAAAGAAGUCUCUUGACUUAUCCGUAUUCAUGUAGUUUUUGUCUGGCCUCUACGAAGUGUUGUAGGCGAAAUUUAGGCGUUCUGUUUCCGGUGGCGGCGUCAACAAUUUGUUAAGUUUGUGAUUAGGUCGGGUUUUAGGGGAAACACUUAUGGUAAGUCAAAGGAUAAACAUGGCCAUGAACGAUAGACACUACAAACAUUGCAUAGAUAAAAUAACACCGAUACUAGUAAGACAAAAGCCACUUCUCCCAUUCAACCACUUAGCUGCUCUGGAAAGUUGAGCAGUUCCUGAUCCAAUAGUGCCACCCACCAUAUGCCUGUUCACCAUAAGAUAAAUUCCAAUGAUAAGUUGCAUUUUGUUAUGCCAUUAAAGAAGAAAAGAGGACGGGAUAGUCAAUACGAGGAGUACCUCUGUGACAGACAUCCCAUAACGAAUAACAAAAUCACGAUCAUGGCUUCUGUGUGAAAUUUGAGGAGAUGAUUUAAACUUGACCAGUCCAGAUAAAAUGGCAUCAAGUCAUCAAAAUUACCUCGGCUUGACCAAACUUUCUUUUAUUCAUUUUCUAUUUAUUUUUUAUUUAGCUAUGAUUUAUCUAUUUAUUUAAGACCACAAAUUAAUACAUGUAAAAAGUAUUGAAAAUUCAAUUAUUUUUAUAGCCGUAAUGGUCCACUGAACCGAAACACACCUAUCACAUUUAUAUGCUUACAUAUUUGAUUUAAAUCAUUAUAAAAUGAUAUACAGUGUAAAUUUACAUAAGGAGGUGCAGUUUAUUUUGUAGUAGCUUAAGUUACAAUACAAAUAUUUGUCUUGCUGAUAAAGGACACUUGAGCACUUCAAGUAAAAUCACCAGGAAAUGGAAAUUCUUUACAUACUACCGUUACUUUUUUGUCUGGCUGGACGAAUGAUAAACUGUCUUCCACAUGCUGAAAUAUCACAUACCAUUUUAACCAAAGCAUAUAUAGAAAGGAACACUGCAGCUAGAGAUAAAAGGUCUCCUCACGGUACAAAUUUCGGACCCCAUUCUACCUACCCUGCUUCAAAUGGACUAACAUGUUAUGUGUGUAGACCUGGAUUUUAUAAACGGUCAGAUUGUACAGUGGACAAAACAACAGCUUCAUGUGAGCAAUGCUCAAAGGGAGAAUACAACGGUAAUUACAAUAUAGCCAUGCGAUGUGAGGCCUGUAGAACUUACUGCGUGGAUCAAAACGCCAUCGUUGAAAAUCAGUGUAAUUCUACUGCCGAUAUAACAUGUCGUUGUAAAGAUGGUUUCUACAAUCACUCCAAAGGGAGUGGAGAGUGGAUUUGUGUCCCUUUUAGUGAUUGUCCGCCUGGAGAGGAGUUAUAUCUUCAAGGCACAGCCAUCAGUGAUACACAGUGUUUACCAUGCAGGUCUGGGACAUAUUCAACGACAACCUCAUUAGAAGAUAAAUGUUUAUCGUGCUCCAGAUGCACUUCAGAUCAAACAACACUUCAAAGUUGUGACGGAACAAGAGACACUGUCUGUGGAACAAUAGAACAAUCACAGUCUUGGAAAAUUUAUGUGCCAAUAAUUAUAGUAGCUUUUAUUAUUGGUCUUAUUGUCCUUGUUUUUGUUCUGCUGCACCGAUACGGAUAUCUAACUAAAUUGAAGGCAAUGUGUUGUAGGUUUAAUGAUGAAGGCCAGACUGAAAUGAAUGAUUUAGCCAUAUCACAAAGCCGAAAUAACAAUAAUAAUCAACAAAUAGACGAAGUACGUUCUAAUUUGCCCUCAUCCAGAGACGCUUACAUAAGUGAUCAGGCAUGUUCUUCUACAGAAACUGAUAAAAUGUGGUCUCCUGUGUUUCGACGUAUUUCCACUGGAAUUAACCUUGUUGAAUGGAAAUCAGUAAUGAGAACUUUAUUUUCCAAAUAUGACAAAAUCCAGGUUGCAGAGCGUAAUAUUGAGGAAAUUUGCCAUGAUUAUCCUAACAACGUCAAAGAGCAAAUCUACCAGUGUCUUUUAAAAUGGUUCAAGCGUGCUGGUGAUAAUGCCUUCCUAGACGACAUUUCUUCUGCUCUUGAAAAAGAUAAUAUGCUUUCGUUAGCGGACGAACUUGAAAAUGAAUAUCCUAUGUUGUUGCUAAAAAAAUGUAAUGAAACAAAAUGUUUACAAGUAAGAAAAUUAAGUAAUAGUUGUUGAACAAUCAAGUUGGUAUUAUGUUAGUUAUAUAUACUGCACACCUUAUAUAACCCUACUUGACCCGCACGAGUUCACGAGUUCGGGUCAACUGGACCGAGUUGUGCAAUGUAUUAAGUAACAUACGCAAUUUGAUUGAUCAAUAACUGUUUUAACAUGACGUCAUCAAUCUACAUGAACAUUUUGGAGAAAUAAAUUUUCGAGAACUUUGUAAAUCCACAGCUCCUGUGAAUGUUUUCUUGUGCAUAGGAAAGAAAAGAUACGCCUUUAAAAUUAGUAAAAGGUUGCUAACGUUUAGAUUAUUAACUGUUUUGAAUUUCAGGGCUUCCUCUUUAAUGGUCGCAUUCUUUUAAAAAUGGGAUUUAAAUGACAAAUCUUUGAUUUUUUCUGUUAAAUUCAUUCGCAAUUUUUAUAUGGAUUUGUGACGAUUUACGGCUUGAAUGAUGUUUUAUUAACCUGUCUAUUGUUGAAAACUGUAUUAUAUCUUAUUGACGUAAACCCAACAACUCCUUUUAUUCAAACAGGUACAUUUCCUUGUUGUGUACUUCCAAAUGGUUCAUCACAUAUCACUACUUAAAGGGUAAAUGAAGGUUAGUUCUUUGGGAAAUUUAACGAAAGAAACGUAAUAUUUUUCAUUUUUUGAGGUAGUUAAUGCACAAUUUUACUAUCUUUUAUCCAGAUUAUAACACAAUGAUAAUUUAGGGAUUUUGCCAA